AUGCAAGAAGUGGAAAAACUAUUGGAAACAACUUUGUCUUUUGAGAAACUCAUCGACUGUUCUCAAGAUUAUUACUCUCCUGACACUUUCUUGACAAAUUCCAGUAAAGUGCUGCAAGAAAAGACAAAUAAAGACACGUCUAAGGAAUCUUGCUUGACAGAUUCUGCUAAGAAACAGCAAGCAAAGAUGGACAAAGAGCCACUGACACCAAAGACAGAUCAGCAGGACACCCUGGAGGAUGCAUGGACAUUAAUUAUGGAGAAGCAAGGGAAAGCACCAGCAAGGCAGUUAAAGAAGAGUGGCACAUGGGACACCCCUCCAAAGGUGUUGCAGAAAGCCAACGGGAUGAUCACUGCUGCUGGUGAUGGUGGUGGGGGGGAGAAGUUAAUAAGUCAGGACGAGUUGAAUCGACGAGCAGAAGAGUUUAUCAGAAAGUUUAAUUCUGAAAUGAGGCUCCAAAGGCAAGAAUCUGAACAGCAGUUCCGGGCAAUGGUUCGUGGUGGGGUUUAG